CUGAAUACAUGUUGCCGGAACGGCGUCCAGUAAAUUGUACUGACAACUGACAGUUGAUAUCGGAACAUAGCCCGAAUCUGUCAGGAUUCUCAAAAUGUCAUAUGUCAACGGUUUCUGGCCUAGGCCAUUAGCGAACCUAGGUCCUUGGUCCUUGGGCCUAGCCAUCAGCAAGAGACACGUGGUUUGUUUGAGGGAAUUAUUUCAUUCAAAUUCAAUUCCAAGCAAGUGCAAUAGUUUCGUAGUCAAGAUUGAAGCCUAAACAUACCCACAAAAAUGCUCAGUGACGAUGACCGAGAAGUUGAUGUUGAAAGUGAUGAUGAUGAUUCUGACACAAGGCUUAGCAAUUCCAGAAACUCCGUAGGCGGCCAAUAUUAUUCACAGGCGGAAAAACGUGCGCAUCACAACGCUUUGGAACGCAAACGUCGCGAUCAUAUAAAAGACAGUUUCAGUAGCCUUAGGGACUCUGUGCCAUCAUUAAGUGGAGAAAAGGCUAGCAGAGCUCAAAUAUUGAAAAAGGCCGCAGAAUAUAUUGUGUUUAUGCGAAAAAAGAACUGCUCACAUCAGCAAGACAUUCAGGACCUUAAAAGACAGAAUAGUUUAUUGGAAGGACAGAUUAACCUGCUGGAGCAAGCUAAAUCUACAGGAGUUUACCACCCUGAUGCCUAUAAAGACAUUGAAUCGGAUAUAUCUGAUAGGGAAAGUCCUGUGCUGCACCGGCGGUUUAAAAAUGGCAAAUUAAAACCUUAUCACUAGUAUGGUAACAGGCUUACUGAAACCCCUCCAUCGUUAUUUAUGCAGCCGGAAGCCUAGACUGAAUAUUCAUUUUGUUUUCAAGCUGUUGCUGUUUUAAUUUGAUCCACCUUUUUUUCUUUCGUCACCACUGUACCAAAUUUAUUUUAACAUAGAUAAAUGUUUUUUUGAAAAACAAGUUUCUGGAAUCAAAAUAUAAUAAUUAAGUUUCGGCAUAUUAUUUUACCAAUGCAUAGAUCCAUUGAAUGAUUAUUAUGAUAAAAUCCGUUCCAAAUUAUUUUGUUGAAUUCUCGGCUAUAAAACCCUGCCAUAAAUUACCUACCUAUUAGCCUCUAUUGUGUAGGUAUCAGUUCCCUAAACCCACUUAAAGGUUUACAGGUACGGAUUCGGUGCCCAUUAUGAUAAAAAGGAAAAAGGAAUUUAAUAAUAUUAUUUAUGUUUAUAUAUAUGUAUAUAAAACAUUCUUAUCAGAAUGUUUGUCCGGGAUGAACUCCGAAACUACUAAACUGAUCUGGAUGAAAUUUGGCUCUCUAUGUGUCAUUUGGUCCAACUUAAGAGAUAGAGAUAGGAUAGAUUUUAUCUCGAUUUUUGACCUCAAUAUCUAUAUAUAUAAAAAUCAAUAUUCGCGGGGUAUGCGCUCCUACACCACUUAUCCGAUUACGAUGAAACUUUGGUAGAUUGUUAUGGCCAUCCCAAGGAAGGUUUGUGGAUAGGUUACGCAUCUCGGAAAAAGAAAUUAAUUUUGAAUUAAUUAUUAAUUUAAUUGUAAACAAACUCAUUCACAUUACAUAACAACAUAACCCAACUUUUUUUUAACAGCAUGAACCAACG